AUGCGGUGCCACCAUUACAUCUUACGGGGCAAUACUUCGCGUCUGUUCCACUUUCGAGAGCCUGUAAAAAUAAGUCACUGUUUUCACAACUUUAAAAAUGAUUCAAUUAGAAGUACACAGCAGUGUUUUCCUGUACUGUACUUGCACUGCCAAUGA